CGCCACUCACCCCACCCAUCUCAGCUCCCGCACCCCAGCAACUUUCCAGUUCUACCUCAUCACAAAUUCUUCACAAUGACUGGCGGCAAAUCCGGAGGCAAGGCCAGCGGCUCCAAGUCCAGCGCCCAGUCUCGUUCUUCCAAGGCCGGUCUCGCCUUCCCGGUCGGUCGUGUUCACCGUCUCUUGCGCAAGGGCAACUACGCUCAGCGUGUCGGUGCCGGUGCCCCCGUGUACCUCGCUGCCGUCCUCGAGUACUUGGCUGCCGAAAUCCUCGAGUUGGCCGGUAACGCUGCUCGCGACAACAAGAAGACCCGUAUUAUCCCCCGUCAUCUCCAGCUCGCCAUCCGCAACGAUGAGGAGUUGAACAAGCUUCUCGGCCACGUCACCAUCGCCCAGGGUGGUGUUCUGCCCAACAUCCACCAGAACCUCCUCCCCAAGAAGACGGCCAAGCCCGGCAAGGGCCCUUCACAGGAGCUUUAAGCGAUUGUUUUCUUUGGCGCGGUCCGGUGUUUUUCAUGAUAAUGGGGUUUGGUCUGGGUCUCGGUUCACGGCUUUUCAUCACGGGGUUUAAAUACCAGAG